GAAAUUUUUAACAGUUUGAGGUGAAAAAUGGCCCGUGUAUUUUAUGUGCUUGUCCUUCUGGUGACCCUCCAGGUUGCCUUGACUCUGUCAGAGGACGUCGAUUCGGUUGGGUCAGAUGUUCCUCAGGAGCGCCAAAAAAGACAAACGGACGGCUCGGAUGAUGGAGAUGCCGAGGCUACAACUAAAAAGUGCAACCGCAAUAGAGGUGGCGCCGAUUCCAGCUCCGAUUCUGAUUCCGAUAAUGGAGACCUCGGGGCUCUAAGAAGGCAAAAUAAACGUCCAGGUGGAUUAUCGGGACGCCAAAGAUCCAACAUGGGACAGUUGGGACAGUUGAAAAACAGCAAUGGUCGCCAGCAGCAGCAACAAAGGCCUGGGUCGGGCGGACCUUUUGGAAACAAUGACAACAACUCGAGGUCAAAGAAGAUAAAAAAUUUCAGGACAACAACCACCGAGUCUUCCUGAACAGUGAAAUAAACCAGUAAACAGAAAAUUUUUAUUUGCUUCAUGUAUGAAAUAAAAAAUAUCUUCUUUUUUGUCAAAUUAAAAUGCU